AUGAGGUCACGGAGUGGGAAGCCACUCAAGAAGUGUGAGGUGAGACUCAUGGACGAUGGCUGCUCCAGCUUCUCCUUUACCAUUUGGGAUGAAGAGCUGAUAGACUUUGCCCAGACCUGGACACCAAAGGAAAACAUUGUGUUUGUGGUGGAUGCAAAAGUCAAUUUCAACAGUUACAGCAACUCGAUGGUGGCAAGUUGCGACCCUAAAACCAUCAUCACCACCAAUCCUGACUGCAGAGAGGCCCACCAGCUGUACCAGUAUGCCCAGGGUCUGGGGGACCUCAAUACUGAGGCAGAGGAAGAGAAGGACACCGCUGGCAACAGCAGCUUCACCGACAUCUCAGUCAUUACUAAGGUGUACACAGUGGCAGAGUUGCUCAGAGCCCAGGCCAGUGGGAAGGAGCCGUCUUUCUCUGGCAUUCUCUACGCCAUUCUGAUGUCUAUUGGUAUUGACGAGGAGGCAGACCCUGCUCGUAUCAUCAGCUUCAGAUGCACUACAUGUAAGAUGAAGGCACAGCAGAGCUCCAGACAAUGUACAAACGCCUCUUGUCCCUCCCUCUCCUCCUCCUCCUCUUCUUUGUUUGCCACUGAGGCUCAGUUCAGUCUGCCACUGGCCCUGGCUGAUCACACUGGAGGUCUGGAGGGAGUCAGGCUAGCAGGCAAGGCUGCCAGCGAUCUCCUCCAACUAACUCCGGGAGAGUUCCUUGAAGGCACACAUCCAGAGGAUAAAAUGGCUCUCAAACUCAGACUUCAGUUGGAGAGGUUCAAGAUCUACUUCAAGUCAGGAGUGGUGAGUGGUGAUAAGCAGAAGCCGCUGGUGAGGAUCCUGUCCAUGAGUCCAACCCAGCCUGGGGACCUGGUACUAGCUGCUACCAGCUAGACAGAAUACUCUUAUCUCACCUCAUGAUCAUAAGACAAACUGACUGGGGACACAUCAUGGGUGUAUUCCCCCCUCACAGUCUAUUAGGACUCCUACGAAUAUCCAUUUGACAUGAUCAGGCAAUGCAUGUUGCAUUUCUAUAUAUUCCACGUAAAAUGUAGCAUGGCCUGCCAAUGAAAUCCCUUUUGAUCAGGCAGUUGUCUGUCUACCUUCCUAGAUCACUAACAAUCAACUGUAACUGGCUGUAAUAAAUACCCAGCCUGGUAAAAAGGGCAAGAAGGCUUAAUCUCAUAUCAUAACUACCACCUCCCAUCUUA